AUGCCGGACUUAAAGCACAUAUAUGCAAAGGAAAUUUUCCCAAAUGAGAAGCUGAAAAAAUAUUUCUUAAAAUGUAGAUCGAAGGAAAAAGUUUUAUACUCCUUUACCUCAGACAAUGAAAUUACAAAUGAGGAGAAAAAAUAUGAUGACCAAUUGGACACUUCGAAAUAUGAGGGCCUAAACUCCAACGCGUUGACGAGGCUGGUCAACCUACUGUACCUUCUGUACCUCUUCUUUGUAAUUUUUAGCAAAGACGUUUUGUAUAUCUUUCUAGAAAAGAAACACGAUGCUCUGUCCGAUUAUCUGAUCGUCCUCCUCAUUUUCACAUGCUGCGUCGAAUUAAUGAUAAACUUUUUGACGAGAAAAACCUACACCUGCUAUUUUAUGUUUUUCGAAGUGAUCUCUUUGGUAUCCUUAUUUUUUGAUUUGUUCAUUUGUGAGUGUUAUCUGUUCGAUUUGUUCGACUCCUAUGUGAAGAGAAUAAACGGAAUAAGUGAUGUUGGGAGCGAAGACGUGGUUUAUCUGAUACACCUGGUGAAGGCUCUGAGGGUCACAAAAAUAUAUAGGUUGAUUAUUUACUUCGUCGGAGAACACACCAAGGAGAAGUACAAGCACAGGAAUGAGUGGAAUUUCGAAAAAAUGGAGAGCAUGCAGAAUAGAACGAAUUUGAAGGAGAGCCUAAAAUUUACGAACAAAAUGCACCUGGCGCUGAUAAAGAGAUAUUUUAUGUCCCUGUUCUUCGUGAUGCUGUCCUUUAUAUUUAUCGAGACGAUGUCCAUUCCCAAAGUACAGAAUAACUCCAUGGAGUACUUCAUCUACAACAUUGACCUAAUUUCCUUAGAGGAUUAUUACGAAUCUGAAUUUUUGAAGGCCCUUUAUUUUUACACUGAAAUACAAAAGGGAAAGGGAGCCGAUGAAUACCUAGUUAGCUUUAAGUCAAAAAGAAAACUGCAAAAUUUUGUCAACAAAAAGGAGUUAAAUGUAGGAACGGAAAAACGGACGCUGUGGGACUUUGCCCAUUUGUCACACAAGGAGCUCCUGAAGUUUAUAAGCAUGAACCCCCCAGACGGGGGUGAUGACGAGGAGGAAGUAAUUCUCAGUGGCACAAUUAAGGACCUUAACUCCCUAAGGAGGUACGAAACGAAAGUGUACCAGUCGGCCGAGUUUACCUUUUACAUAAAUGUUAAGAAGAAUGUAAAGAAGCGAAUAAAGAACGUUGUCCUGUUGAAGAUUCUCGUCAUCGUGUUCUCCUUCAUUAUACUGUUUUACUUUACCUCCGAAUUGAACGUUCUGCUAUUCCCAAUAGAAAGUAUAUUGAAGAAGUUGAAGCUGAUGAAAUCGAACCCAACGCUGGCACUGGAAAUGCAGGAGGAGCUGCUAAACCAUGAGCUGGACAAUAUACUAAGGAACACAAAUUUGAAGCGAAAGGGCAUAAAGCAGAAUUACGAAAUUUUGAAGAUGGAGGAAAAUUUGAUGAAACUGGGAACCCUCAUGUUGUUAGGCUUCGGAGAGGCGGGCGCGAAAAUUAUUUCUAAAAAUAUCAACGCUCAGGAGAGAGUGAACUUAUUGGUGAAUGGGGAAGUGGUUUACUCUGUCUUUUCAUUUUGCGACAUAAGGAAUUUCACCGAAAUAACGGAGGUGCUGAAGGAGAAGAUCAUGAUAUUUAUAAACCUGGUGGCAGAGAUAAUCCACGACUGCUGCGAUUUUUACGGAGGGUCAAUAAAUAAGAACAUCGGAGAUGCAUUCCUGCUCGUCUGGAAAUGCAAAAAAAGAGACUUCCACAAUGAGAGGAUAAGUCUGUUAACGUCCAAGUGUCAUGUGACGGGUGGGGGGAAUAGUGCAGAGAUUUCGGAGAAGGCAUGCAUAAACAGGGUUUGCGAUUUGGCGUUUCUGUCCACCGUGAAGACGUUGAUCAGGCUGCACGAGUCGGAGAAGAUACGCUCCUUCCUCAAAAGUGAGAAGAUCCACGAGAUCGUCGGGAACAACAUCAUAGAGUUAAGUUUCGGUCUGCAUUUCGGCUGGGCCAUUGAAGGGGCCAUUGGAAGCAGCUACAAAAUUGACCUCUCCUAUUUAUCCGAGAAUGUUAACAUAGCGAGCAGACUACAGGACAUUUCUAAGACGUACAAAAGGAACAUCGUCAUCUCGGGCGAAUUUUACGAAAACAUGUCUGAGGGGUUCAAGAAGUCCCUGCGCAGAAUAGACCGAGUUACUCUGAAGGGAUGCGGAAAGCCACUAGAUUUGUACACCUUUGACAUACGUCUAGAUAAGAUUCCGAAGAAAAAAAACAUAGAAGUGUUUGACGUGGCCAGAAAUGUUGACAUAAAAAUGAUAAAGAUUUUGAAUGACAUAAAGCAAAAGACGGAGAGACGCCGUCGGAAGAAGGAAGUGUUGAAUCUGUCUUACGAUCUGUACGAGGAAUAUUCAAAGAGCGCGGACAUAAAGUCAAUUCAGAUGAAUUUCCCUGAGGAAUAUUUGAGGCUGUUUGAAAAUGCGCUAGAGUUGUAUUUGCGUGGAGAAUGGCCAGAGUCCCACAAGCUACUGGAGCAUUUGCGGGGGAACUUCUCCUGCGAGGAUGACAUUUUGUGUCAGUUGGGAGACUUUUUACGUGCGUCAAAUUUGACUGCACCGAUUGAUUGGGGUGGUUAUCGACGUUUUUUGCAGAAGUCGUAG